AUGUCCCCCCUUCGAUCCUCGCCCGUCUCCCACUCCACCGCCUCCGACAUGUCGAAUCUCUCUCGCCCGGACUCCGAAGAGGAAGACGACUCUCUCAUCACCCCGCGACCAGGUCCUUCCGAUCCCACGAAGAGAACGCAAGCCAACUUGAGCACGCCCGCCGUCCCCGCGCUGCCUUCAUCCGAUAGCUCGUCGAGUCUGGCGGUAGCUGGAAGUAAGACUGCGCCUUUCGAUACCCACAUCUUCAGCAGUAGAGUGAGUGACGGCGAGAUUGCGGGCGACGACGAGGCGCGGAGAACCUCUACUCCACUCUCCCCGGGACGGAGUCUUUCUGCGCCUCGCUCUUCUCACGCCGGCGCGCACACGAGGGUUAGCUUCUCGAGCGGCACGUCCCUUCCUAAGCCGGAGAGGUCCAAGGGCACAUACACUUCCCCCGGCGUACGACAGCGACAGUGGACGCCGGUAUCUGCGCAAGAGAUGGACAAGGCGCUCGAUGCGGAGAGCAGUAGCGCGGAUGAGAAUACUGCCAUCUUUCGCAAGGCUGGCAGGGACGCCAAUUACGGUGCUCUCGACGAGGACGACGAGUCUAGGCAGGCUGGUUUGAUGGAUGGCGCAAAUGGGCAAGAGGAGAACAAUGAGCAGUUGGGCACUGUGAAGAAGCGCAGGAGUAAUGUUGGUCGGGGCAGGAAUAGUCUGCGAGGGCCACAGCCGGUAAGAACAGACCGGCAAUCUGACGAGGACGGAGAAGAGGAUGGAGAUGAACAUGCGGGUUGGUGGAGGAGAUUACUGGAUAAGUACGGAAGUAUCGAAUUGGAGAACAAGGGAAGCGUGGCCCGAGACCAUCUUGCUCUCGAACGCACAUUCCUCGCAUGGCUACGCACCUCCCUCUCCUUCGCCAGCAUCGGCAUCGCCGUCACCCAGCUCUUCCGCCUCAACACCUCCCUCUCCGGCGUCAAAGGCGCCAACUCUGCCCUCUCGGAUUCCUCAUCAUCAUCCCCCGAAUUACUACUCGUGCAACAAUCUCAACAACGUGACAACACCGUCGCUGACCCGCAUCGCUUACGACAAGUGGGUAAACCUUUGGGCGCCACUUUUCUCGCCAUCGCUAUUCUCAUCCUUCUCCUCGGUUUCCAUCGCUAUUUCGAAUCCCAGCACUACGUUAUCCGUGGCAAGUUUCCCGCCUCGAGAGGGAGCAUCCUACUCGUUAGUUUUGUUGCCACGGCCUUGAUCAGCGCCAGCUUGGCUGUCGUGCUGGCUGUUGCGCCUGCUGCGUUUGAAACGGGUUGA